CUUGUACAUUCAGCCACAUAUCUGUGACGUUAGGAGAUUGCUCUUUUUGUCUUAUAAACCGGCAGUGCCUGUGCGAGGGAAUGCGACGGACAUUUCGUAGUCGACCUUUUGUAAUUGUCCGUGCAGACGGACAAGAACUUCGGGAUAUUUUUGAGUUUUGCUGGUUGGUAUACGUGGAAGAAUCUUAUUCGCUAAUACCACCAAAAAGUCGUUUCCACGUUGGUUCCCGCGGGAAUAGCUAUGUGACCACCCUAUCGCGUUAACUCCCGUCUACAAGUCCCUCUUCGAAAUCCAAUCCCCUUUUCCUUCUUCUCCUGGCUCCUUCUUUCCUUUCCAGACGGUCCUUAAUCGCCCGAAUACCAGGCCAGAAAAUGACAAUUUUGCCUUCCACGGACCGCAAGUGUCGCCGCAGCCCUAGACUCCUAUUCCUCCCCGAAAAGCACGAUGAUUACGAGCCUUUGGACGGCGGCUUCGACGGCGCGUCCUUCUCAGGCGCUGUCUUCAACCUGUCUACCACCGUCGUCGGUGCCGGAAUCAUGGCUCUGCCUGCCGCCGUUAAACAGUUGGGGAUGAUUCCGGGCCUCGUUUUGAUCGUUCUGGGCGCGAUGCUGACGGAGUCCUCCAUCGAUAUGAUCCUCAAGUUCACGCGAGCUUCCAAGACCAUGACGUAUUCGGGUGUGGUUGGCGACUCAUUCGGUGUUGCCGGCCGGAAUCUCCUUCAGGCUUGCAUUGUUGUUAACAAUUUAGGCAUGCUUGUCGUCUACAUGAUCAUUAUUGGGGAUGUGUUAUCGGGGACAUGGUCGGAAGGAGUUCACCAUUCGGGUCUGAUGGAAGAAUGGUUUGGUCAACGCUGGUGGACUACACGCUCCUCCGUUCUACUAUUCACCACGCUUUUUGUUUUUGCACCUCUCAUUUCAUUCAAGCGCGUGGAUUCGUUGAGAUACACAUCAGCAGUGUCAGUGGGUUUUGCCAUUGUAUUUGUGGUGAUCACAGCAGGAGUGGCAAUAGUUAAAUUGAUGAAUGGAAGCAUUGGGAUGCCGCGCUUGAUGCCUAAAAUUGUUGAUCAGGUCUCAUUUUGGAAGCUUUUCACAACCAUCCCAGUUCUAGUGACUGCUUACAUCUGCCACCAUAAUAUUAACCCUAUAGAGAAUGAACUAAAAGAUCCUGGCAUGAUGAAGUCAAUAGUCAGAACUUCUCUUACACUAUGUUCAUCUGUUUACAUUGCUACCAGCUUCUUUGGAUUUCUACUAUUUGGGGAUCAUACAUUGGAGGAUAUACUGGCAAAUUUUGAUGGCGAUCUUGGAAUUCCAUGUAGCUCAUUGCUCAAUGACAUUGUUAGGGUUAGCUAUGGCAUCCACCUGAUGCUUGUUUUCCCACUUGUGUUUUUCUCUCUUCGCCUAAAUUUAGAUGGACUUCUCUUUCCCAUCACCAUUCCAAUUGCAUUUGACAACCGAAGAUUCUUCUCAGUAACUACAGCUCUCAUGGGUUUUAUUUUUGUGGGGGCCAAUUUUGUGCCUAACAUCUGGGAUGCAUUCCAGUUCACUGGUGCUACUGCUGCUAUCUCUGUAGGUUUCAUCUUUCCAGCUGCAAUUGCACUCAGGGACACUCAUGGAAUAGCGACAAAGAGAGACAGACUAGUAUCAUGGGUGAUGAUCCUUUUGGCUGUCUCAUCGAGCACAGCAGCCAUCUCUAGUGACAUUUACAGCAUUUUCAGUAGUAACAAACAACUUGGAAGCUAAUACUGUGAGGAGAAAAAACCGGCUAUUCUCUCUUCCAGAUGGUUCACAACACAGCCUACAUGAAUUUUUUGUAAGAAUGCUGAGCUGCUAGCAUGAGUGCCACACCAGUUCCUUAUCGAUAGUUGGCAGUCCUUACUUUUGUAAAUCAAUACACACCAGUUCCUUGUCCAGUGGGUGAACAGUUAAGUUAAUAGAACAUAGUUUCUAUCGCACAUAAACCAAAUGGGGUAUAAAGUAGCAGAAAAAAUGUUUGGAAAUUGAUAUAUCAUUCAUUUUUUGUUACAGGUAUAUGUAGUAGUUUAAAGAACCAUGUAUCAAAAUUUUUCCUACUAUAUAUAUAUAUAUAUAUAUUUCAAACA